UCGGACCUAUUUUUGUGUCGAACUCUUACUUCCGGCAAAUCACUUAGUCGCAAAGGUGAAAGUAGCAGUUUUACUUGUUUCAUUUUUUCUCCUUGUUUAAAUUUUCUGACCGACACAGCAUGGCAUGGAUCCCCUGGGAGUGCAGAACUCGGGAACUAACUUUAAACAACCAAAGCCCUAUCCUUGAUGGGUUUUUAAGCAGUUAGCUAUUAUUAAACACAGGAGCUAACCGGUUAGCUAGCAACUUUAGGCACUCGUUGCCUAGAAUCUCCAACCCUGUGGCGGUUCGCUCUCUGUAGGCUACUUAAGUUGUAGAAUCUUUACUAAGUAAACGUUUCUCUGUAAAGAAGGAACAAGCAAUUCCAUGUGGUCGCAUUGGUUCAUUAUGAUAUUUUAAUGGGAGGCGGCUUCCUUUGGAGGACUGCACACCAGGGUUUGCGUGCUGAGAAGAGAAAGGCGAACAUCGCUGUCUGUUGGGCUCCCAUGGAGUCUUUGGCCGGCUACGUUUAUAAAGCAGCCAGCGAGGGUCGGGUCCUGACACUGGCCGCACUUCUACUCAACCACUCUGAGGUGGAGACUCGGUUCCUCCUGAGCUACGUGACUCAUCUGGCCGGCCAAAGGUCCUCUCCUCUUAUCAUCGCAGCACGGAAUGGACACGACAAUGUGGUGCGUCUCCUCCUGGACCACUACAAAGUGGACACAGAACAGACUGGCACGGUCCGGUUCGACGGCUACAUCAUUGACGGCGCCACAGCGCUGUGGUGUGCAGCUGGAGCCGGACACUUUGAGGUAGUUCACCUCCUGGUGAGCCAUGGCGCUAACGUCAACCACACAACCAUUACCAACUCCACUCCCCUCCGGGCUGCCUGCUUCGAUGGUCGACUGGACAUCGUCCGCUACCUGGUGGAACACAACGCCGACAUCAGCAUCACCAACAAGUUUAACAACACCUGCUUGAUGAUCGCUGCCUAUAGGGGCCAUGUGGACGUGGUUAAGUUCUUGUUGGAGCAGGGUGCCGAUGUCAAUGGCAAGGCUCACUGCGGGGCCACAGCCCUGCACUUCGCAGCAGAGGCAGGCCAUCUGGAAAUUGUGAAAGAGCUCAUGGACUCCCAGGCUGCCAUGCGGAUGAAUGGACAUGGCAUGACACCAUUAAAGGUAGCUGCAGAGAGCUGUAAAGCUGAUGUGGUGGAGCUGUUGAUGGCUCAUGCUGACUGCGACCCUCCCAGUCGCAUCGAGGCUUUGGAGCUGCUGGGGGCGUCUUUUGCCAAUGACCGGGAGAACUAUGACAUCCAGAAAACAUACCAGUACCUUCACAUGGCCAUGACGGAGCGCUACCAUGACCCUGACAACAUCAUUGUGAAGGACUUGCUGCCACCCAUUGAAGCUUAUGGGGGGCGUAGUGAGUGUAAAACGCUCCAGCAGCUGGAAGCCAUCCGGGUGGACAGGGAUGCCUUGCACAUGGAGGGGCUCAUGAUUCGGGAACGCAUAAUGGGCUCAGACAACAUUGACUUGUCGCAUCCCAUCAUUUAUCGAGGAGCAGUCUGUGCAGACAACAUGGAGUUUGAGCAGUGCAUCAAACUGUGGCUUCAUGCCCUUCGACUCCGGCAAAAGGGGAACCGGAACACGCACAAAGAUUUGCUGCGCUUCGCCCAGGUGUUCUCCCAGAUGGUGCACCUGAAGGAGGUGGUGUUGGCCUCAGCAGUGGAGCAGGUCCUCAGCUGCAGUGUCCUGGAGAUUCAGCGCAGCAUGGCUCGAGUUGACAAAGCGGUUGAAUCCGAGCUGCCACAGGCCAUGGACAAUUAUGAAUCCAAUAUUUUUACUUUUCUUUAUUUGGCCUGCAUCUCCACUAAGACUAACUGCAGUGAUGAGGAACAAGUCAAGAUUAACAAGCACAUUUAUGACCUGAUCCAGCUGGAUCCACGGACACGUGAAGGCUCCUCACUGCUCCACCUGGCCAUCAGCUCCAGCACACCUGUUGAUGAUUUUCACACCAACGACGUCUGCAGCUUCCCUAAUGCCAAGGUGACCAAGCUGCUUCUGGACUGUGGUGCUCAGGUAAAUGCAGUGGAUCACGAAGGAAACACUCCCCUCCACGUUAUUGUCCAGUACAACCGACCAAUCAGUGACUUCCUCACUCUACAUGCCAUUAUCAUCAACUUGGUCGAGGCUGGGGCCCACACAGACAUGACCAACAAGCAGAAGAAGACUCCGCUGGACAAAAGUACCACAGGUGUGUCUGAGAUCCUGCUGAAGACCCAGAUGAAAAUGAGCCUGAAGUGCCUGGCAGCACGUGCUGUCCGACAGCACCAGAUCACUUAUCGCAACCAGAUUCCCAAAACUCUGGAAGAGUUUGUGGAGUUCCACUGAACUCAGAUCAGAAAACUCAGAGGUAGGGUCAAAUCUGUUGUUUCUUUCAAACAAUGGAUUCAUAAGGUGCUGAAAGUAGUUCACCAGUAAAGUUUUUAAAGCAUUUUUAUGUUGAUAAAACCUAUUUUUUUUAUAAAUGUUGGUUUUGCAGACUAACACACCUGCAUAAACAGGCUGUCCUGGUUGAUGUGCGUAGAAUUGCUUCUACGGCUCAUUUUUUUGCAAUAAACCAGAGAAAUCCCUUUUAAGUUCUGCAGAGAUUUUCUGACGGUUUGGUGAAUGUGUAUUUUUGAAAUACAGAGAAGACACAGGUUGGUCCUUUCAUCCUUUGUGUUAUGUCAUACAUGCCAUGUUACUGUGAAAAGGUUGUCAGACAAAAUGAAUGGGUGCCUAUGAAGAAAUGCACAGCCAGCCUCGCUUGGGUUCCCUGUAUUCAUCUCAUGAAUUGUAUUUUUAGAAUUAAAACUAUUUUAUUGAA